AUGGAGAAAAUACUCCGCAUUUUAAAUCCAAGUUUUGACUUCAUUGUUACCAACAUUAAAGAAAACAGGGAUUUAAAGACCAUGACUAUUGAGCAACUUAUGGGUUCCUUACAAGCAUACCAAGAAAAACAAAAGAGAAAAAUUAAACAAAAGGAGGCUAUGGAUCAACUACUACAACUCAAUGUAAAGGAAACAAAUUAUGCAAAUUACAAGAGUCAAAGAGGACGAGGUCGUGGCCAAGAUCAUGGGUGUGGACGAGGACAUGGAGGAGAAGGAAGAAGAGGUUACAACAACUACUCUAACAAUGGAGAAAGAAGUUGGAAUCCACAAGCAACAAGAGGCCGUGGAAGAGGAAAUUCAUGGUCGAGGUGUGACAAAUCACAAAUCAAGUGCUUCAACUGCAACAAGAUUGGUCACUAUGCAUCUGAGUGUAGAUUCUCGAAGAAAGUUGUGGAGAAAGCUAACUUUGUAGAAGAAAAAAGCGGAGAAGAAACUUUGUUGCUCGCGUGCCAAAACCAAGUUAAAGAGAAAAGAAACAAAUGGUACCUCGACACCGGCGCAAGCAAUCACAUGUGCGGUGAUUGA